AUGACUUCAGCUGCAAUUACUAUUGACCCUGACUCUUAUCUUUACCCUGAGAUAGAGGCUGCUGUUAAAAAACAUCUCCCAGACAUAACAAUUGUCCAGAAAUAUAGCGUAGAUGCACCCAAAACGUUUCACUAUGCCGAAUAUGAGGACCUGGAUUUUGAUCGGCUCAACUCUGCAGAUCCAAACUAUUUAGCAUGUUCUUAUGUUUACCGAAAACACUACCUCGCAAAUACAGUCGCCCAUUAUACUGCAAAACAUCCAGACUCGGCACUCAAAAAGGCCUUCCCAGAAUGUUUCAACAUUGAAGUCGACUAUGCAGAAUUUCUUGAUGAUGCUCUUGAUGAGGCUUAUGAACUGCGUUCCGAGCUCGAGCAAAAUCAACAGCUUCCGGAAAACGAACCUCGUAAAACAUGGAUUCUGAAACCAAGCAUGAGUGACCGGGGUCAAGGUAUACGUUUAUUUCAAACAAUUGAUGGCCUCCAACGUAUAUUUGAUGAAUUUGAAGAAGAUAAUGAUAACGAUGAUGGGAAUGAUGACAAUACAAUGGGAAAUGUUGAUACUAGUUCUGGAGAUUAUGAUAACAAAAUUAUUACUUCCCAACUCCGACAUUUUGUGGUCCAGGAAUACAUUGCAAACACACUGCUACUCCAGGCCCAUGACCGCCGUAAGUUCCAUAUCCGUACUUAUGUUCUCUGUGUUGGUGAUUUGCGCGUGUAUGUGUACCGCCAAAUGCUUGCACUUUUCGCCCUUGCUCCCUAUUCGGCUCCUCCCAUGUCUGAGGGUUUAGAUGGUAUCCCCCUACGAGGACAUCUCACCAAUACGUGUCUCCAGGGUGAAUUUAAGGAUGACAAGUCCGUGGCCUUGUUUUGGGACCUUGAUGGAAUCAGUUUGAAAGAAAAACAAGACAUUUACGCAGAACUGUGCCAAGUCACAGGUGAUUUGUUCCGUGCCGCGGCUGCAAAUAGUAUGCACUUCCAGGCCCGUUCAAACGCUUUUGAAAUCUACGGACUCGAUUUCCUCGUCACUGAGGAUCACCACAUUAAGUUACUUGAGGUUAACGCAUACCCAGAUUUUAAACAGACUGGGCCUCAGCUGGUGUCUGUCAUUACAACAUUAUUUGACGCUGUCAUCGAGACUGCCGUUAAGCCAUACUUUGAUUCUUCUUCUGUACCAGAACGCAAAGAUUUAACUCUAGUUUUCCAACAACAAGCUCAUUAA